GCGAGACGCUGAGCCAAAGGCCACAACCUACGGGGCUAACCGAGAUCCCAGGUCCCAUGGCUCAGAAACCGAUCAGCACGGCGGCGGCCGAGCGCAUGAACUUCGUGACUCAGGACCGGAUCUGGAGAUACCGCUUAAAGGCUGAAACGGACGCAUGGAAAAACUGGGCCCAGAACUGGGGAUUUUUAACCACCCCCCUCCAGGAGUUGAUCCAGGAUGAAGAAGAACCUCCUACCCCGAAGCCCAAAAUUGAGCUUCCCCCGUGGUUCCACGUCCGGCCAGUGACCCCGGUGGAGAAAUACAUCAAGGUCCUUCCAUCCCCCCCGGUCCCAAAGACGACCCAGGGCUUCAUCGGCUGGAGAUCCGCAGUGCCCAGCUUGAACAAGUGUCUGGAGCAUGAUUAUGAGAUCAGGAGCUGCAAAGGGGCGUAUGCCAAAGAGCUAAACUGGCCAAAAGAAGGCAUAUACUGAGUCCAGACAGGGGCUCUGCCCUGGGUAGUGAGGGGAGGACCAGACACCUGGCACUCAUGCCCCGGACAGGAAGAGCACCCAGCGUCCCUCUGAGGACAUAGUUCCCCUCCUCACUUGUUCAUGAGAUAUUGCAAAUAACAUAGAACAGCCCUUUGACAUUUCCAGUUCAUCAAUAUCUCCCUUCCGGAACAUUCUUGUAACACAUUCAUUCUUGGUUAAUGUAAUAAA